GACACUAACCAUGUAUUGUAUUUAUCCUGCAACAGUUAUCAAAAAUAAUCAUUUUGAAGUGAAACGGUAUCAACAAUGAUCCAAAUAUGUUCACCUUUUAAACGUUGUUUCGCUUGGAAGUAGGUCAGUCGAAUUGACGCACGUGCUAAGAUUCCAAAAUACAGCUGUUUUCCGUCACUGCCGUAUACAGCAAAAAUACAUAUGUUGGGUGUAUUCCGACAAUGUGGUGGCAGUUGCAGGAUAAAGGAUUGUAUAGGUUCAAAGCUUAUAUGCUGUCAGAGCGAUUCUUUAUAAAAUUAUAUUUAUUUCCAGGUGGCAUCUGACAGUUAAGUAACAAAUAUUUCCCAUGGAACUCAGAAAGUUUGAGGAUGGAGGAGGGGAAGUUAUAGUUAGCAAGUAUUAUGACGGGGUUCAUUUUCCUCCAACCGUACCCGGAAACGUUAAGGACCAACUGGAUGCAGUAAGGGCCUUGAAACACAAAAACGGCGAUGUACUGUUCGAUACCUUUCCUAAAACAGGAACACACUGGGGUUUCGACAUUCUGUAUAUGUUGCAAAAAGGAAAAGCAGAAUACAGUUCUGGUAAUAUUGCUCCUUUAGACUUUGCACCAAUGGAAAGAGUCGACGCCUUAGAUAGUCCUAGAGUUCUGGUGUCACAUUUAUAUCCUCAGCAUAUCCCCGAAUUUGUAAAAGAGAAAAAAUGUAAGAUCGUCUACAUCUAUCGGAACCCAAAGGACACAGCUGUAUCCAUGCAGUCAUUCUUCAAGCGACUUGACAUGGACAAUUUCAAGGGUUACAAUGGCAAAUGGGAACACUUCUUUGAAAUAUUCACCACAAAAGAAUUACAUUAUAAUUCCUGGUUCGAACACGUGAAGUCGUGGCUCGACUUUAAGAAGGACAAUCCGGACAUACCUAUGCUGUUUCUAUCGUUUGAGGACAUGAAAAAGGACCUUCGAAGCUGUGUUUUAAAAAUGGCAGAAUUUCUAGGAGCAAAGCAAGAUCCUGAAUUUCUUGAUGAAGUGGCGAAUAAAUGUCAGUUUAGCGCCAUGUCGAAAGCAAAACGCUCAAAUGAAAAAGAAACGUCGUUAAGCAGAGACGGCAGCAACCCGUUCUACCGGAAAGGUGACGUGGGCGACUGGAAGAACUGGUUCACUGUCGCUCAGAACGAAAUGUACGACGAGGUGUUAAAGGAAAAGAUGGCUGACAUUGAUCUAGAAAUCAAAUACACACUGUGAUUAAAAAUUCAUGGGAAAUUUAAUCCGCUUUUAACGUAAGACAAUGACUGGCGAGCGAACAUGUAAUGGUGUAAAUAGUGCAUUGAUAUAACAUUGGAACUGCUGCCAUAUAUUCAUCUGAUGCUGCAGAAAUAUAUCCUGGAUCCAUUUACAAAUAAAUGUGGUAUUUUA